AUGUCUCGCCGCUGCAGGGACCGAAGCCGGAGCCCUCGCAGGGCGGCACGAGCACCCGGGAGCGCUCCUGGGAGCUGCGCACUAGAGGCCUGCAAAGAUGCCCACAGAUGGGCGGCAUACGAAUGCCACAUGAGCAAGCCCACUUUCAAGGCAGAGGCGUGCCAAGUCCGCACGCGCGUGAUUGCCGGUCACGGGCAAUGUCGAACAUUCAUAUUAUGUGAACAGGGACGAGUGCCAAAGAGCACAGCACGUGCCAAGGACGGAAUAGAGACCGCCCAGGCAGCAGUCACCGUCCGAAUCAAUCCGCAUCACAACUACUCCUCGAUGUGGGGACAGGUGAUGCACAUGAGCGCCCGGGAAGAACGACAGGGGCACGGAAGCAAGCUUGUGAUUGCCAUGGAAGAGUUCCUGCGCCAGGAGGGUGUAGACACUGUGGUUGCCUACCCUGCGGCAACGAGGCAGGCCAUGCACUUCUGGACUAAAAUGGGAUACGCAAAGCAGCAGCAAAGCUUCCUGCCUGAUGAGGAGCUGAUUCCGAGACGGGAGGGAGGUCCACUGUGGCCAGAGGUCAGUGCGUCCACCGAGCAGCCCCUGGAGCGCUGGGAGAAGAGGCUAUCGCUUGGCCAGUUGCGACCUCGCGAUCCAAAGGAUCAAGAGAAAAUCAAGACACGGCCAGGUGGCGAUGGCCGCAUGUACCGUGAGCUUGUGUGGAAGGCGAAGGAUCUGAGGAGGAGGAAGGCCGCUGAGGUGACUCUGACAGCUUUGGAACUACAGGCGUUGAUGUCACCGCCGGUCCGCCGCUUGCGCGGCAAGCAACGUUCAUCGGGCAAUUGGUGUUCGAACGGGUGA